UACAAACCGGUUGAACCAUCGUUGGUAGAAGAACGAAUGCGGAUUCUUGUGGAUCGUUACGCUGAACUGCAAGAGUUGUCCGAGGACCGCAAACGACGUCUUGAAAACAAUCGUCGUCUGUGUCAGUUCUGGUGGGAUGUGGCCGAAUUGGAGCAAAAUCUCAAAGAAAGCGAACAGUGCGAUUUGCACGGAGCCACAUGA